UCACGUGGUCAAUUAAGGGCCAAUUAGUGAACAGGUGUGCUGCCAAGAGGCCUUAAAAGCUUUUUUGCAGAGGCGCUUCAUCCCCAGCGUUUUGACGCAGAGAAACAAACUGAACUUGGCAAUGCAUUUGAAAGCCAAACGAUAUCACAUCGUGGUCUUCCUACUUUCCACCAUCUUAACAAUAACGCUACCCUAUGCAAUCUGCAAACCUAUGUCUCAUUAUUCGCACCUCAGUUUAAAUCUGACCUCUCUUCAACACAAGGAUAACAGUGAAAUGGCAAAAAGUCACAACAAUAAUUUCAGCCCAGAAGACGCAAAGAGACAUCUAUUACUUUCGAGCAGGCAAGUAAAAGACUCGACUACAAUAUCUACAAUGGUCACAGACAACUUUCAGAACAAUGGCAGAACAUGGAGUCAAACUUUUAACCAAGAGACCGACCAGAAGCCCAAACACAACAUGGCGUCUUCUUCUGAAACUGCCCAAACCUUUGAUAAACCCUGUGACGAGGCAAAGAAAAUGGGAAGGGAGGAGACUAGUGUUUCUGUGAAGCUUACAAAUGAGGACUGCAGCUCAGGUCAAAUCCAACAUGUGGUCUAUGGAAAGUUUUUCAUCAGUGGGCAACUUGAAGCAAACAUUCCUCAUUUGGACCGCCAGUCUCAUUCAGAUGUCGCAGUCCACCCACAAGGAAAAGGUAAAGCGAGGAUGCCAGGUGAGCAGCUGGGCAGCUCCGAGGAGACCUGGCAGAAGCUGCAGCCUGAGGUGCAUUGUGCAGACGACGCCAUGACCCUCACUGUCAGGAGGCGACGAGCUGUACAGCUCCUGCUGGACCGAGAGAAUGACUCAUCCAUUCGCCUCUCCCAGCUGCCCCCUCGGUGUGGCUACUCUGUGGAGACCACAUGGAGAGACCUCAGCUUGAUAGCUCAGUACAGUGCCUGUCAUGUCACACAACAGGGAGACAGUUAUGUGUUACCUCUGCUAUGGAGGGGGACUCCAGUCAAGAUGUCAUGCCCGGUCUCUCCCAUCAAGCCGGGCAUGAGCCCUUCUUCACUCUGUUGCUCCCUUCAUGGCAUGAAUGUCAGACUUCCAGCUACACAAGAAGUGAGUGUUAAAGUUCGAGAAGAAUGGACCCCAGUGUUAUCACUGGCUCAGCAGUGUGGCUACACGUUGGACAGACAAGAUACAGAUAUGUUAAUUGCUGCUCCAUUCAUUACAUGUGGCAUCACUGUAAAGAAUGGCAAACACACACUUCAUCUUCAAAUUGGAGACAGUAACUUUACUUUGGCCUGUCCCAUGUCUCCCUCCCAAGAGCCCCCUUUAACUCCUCAGCCUCUGAUGGGCAGCUCUCAUUUACCUAGUAAGCCAUCAAGAACUGUAUCAAAAACUGUGGAUUCUCAUCCAUGGGCUCCACCUUUUUUCCUUGCACCCCCUUACUACCCCCAUCCAACUUACCGACACAGGAAUCCUACUCCCCAAGAGGCAUAUACUUCUUCUACGGACACAUCUUCAACUCCUGAACCUACAAUUGAUACACAGUCUCACCCUCUCGAUGGCUCCCAGCAGGCGGAUCAUGACCACUCUCAUCAGAAUUCUGUGAAGGACUUAUUAAAGUAUUUUGAUGCUCAAAGUCUUCCUGGAUUAACAGAUCCAGAAAUUGUGGAUUUAGAUUUACAAGGCUUGUCUGAGCAGCAUGGUACAGCUGGUUCCCCGGUUCAAGUUCAAACUGCCACUAUUCAACCCCCAAGCCAUGCCUUCAAUUCAUAUUACCACUACUACCAUCACCCCAAAAUCCUUCAAUCUGAUCCACCCGGAGGUUCUGAUCCAGGCCUUGUGGCUCUGGAGGAGCUGUCCCCAAAAUACUAUAACAUGGCGUCUACAGAGUUAUUCCGCGUCAAUCAACAGUCUGAAGCUGAGACAAUGUUCUCUCAAUCACCACACCGCUAUCCAUACCACUACUACGAUUUUCCACAUAGUGCUUGGAAUGACUCAAAUUCAUUGCCUCUUCUCUAUCCACAAAGAGACAUGACGACAAAGUCCUCUGAUAGUCAUGCGAAAAACAUGAGGAGGAGCCAUGUUUCUGCACCUCCUUGGCCUUCUGUCAGUCCAGCACGUGAGUUGGAACCCUCUUUAGGGGAGCCAGGUGAAAUUGAAAAAGAUCCUCUCAAAAAAUCUAACUCUAAAUUGAUCCAAAGUCCUUUGUUUGCUGGUGAUGAAGCACAACUGAAUUAUAUGGAGAGUAAUUCCAUGCCUGAGUCUAAUGCAGGUUUCCUCCCUUCUCAUGACACUCUGGAAUCAGACACUCCUCAUAUGGCUCCUUUUCUUAAGCAAGCUUUCUUAACUACUCACUUGUCUGACCAUCCUUCCCCUCAUGUAUACCCCCACCACCCUCAUCGCUACAAUCAGAUGUAUCCUGUGGCUCCACCUUCCCAGCACCCUCCUAAACAGUCACCAUUUCAACACAUUUCUAUCCCACUAACCACAGAAGAGAUGGAUAAUGUUCAAAAGGUCCAAGCACAUCCUUACCUCCACCACCUCUACUACCCUGUCAAUGUCCACUCUGAAAAAGAAACUGCCUCAUCAGAAUCAUGGCCUCUAUACAUGCAUCCAAAUUUUAUCAGUCAACAACAGCCAUAUGAUUUUUUUGAGCAUGCUGGUGGGGAAGAGGACAAGCUCGAUGAAACGAUCGACAAAUCCUUUGCCAGCUUCCAUCCUGAGGGCCACCUGCCUCUCAGCUACCUGCAAGGAAGACAAGUAUAUUUGGAAGUGAGAUUGCUUGACCCCCAAGAGCCUGACCUCAUGCUGCUGGUUCACUCCUGCGUGGCUUCCACACAACCUUCAUAUCACUCCUACAUUCUUAUCGAUGAUUGCUGCCCCAGCCGAGGAGCUUCACAGCUGCUUCCUUUGCCACACAUCGACCCCCACCACAUCCGGAAGAUCUUAAUCUCUCACUUUCUGUCACUACCCUUACACAUUGCCUCCAUGAACUAUGGCAUGCUGUCUCACCUGGAUGACCCAGAGGUACCUCACCCAGAACACAUCAUACAACUUCCGAUGGACUAUUUUAAACUACAGAGUGAUUUACUUUGUGUGACAGAAGUGUGCUCUGCAGCAGAGCAUGACUGCGUUGUAGGCUGCAUCCGCAGUCCCACUAGUGAUGUGUAAACUUGGAAAUAAAGAACCUGGUACACAACUGCAAACCUUUCUCACUGUCUAUUGCAUUAAGUGCAUAAACCUCUUGGAAGUUACAUGAGUGAAAGACAACAGUAAUAAUGUUAGUUUGUUUAUCCCAACUCCAUUCUAACACAGAGUAGCAUAAGACAAGCAAUGUCUGCUUCAGCAAUUUGGGACUUUAUAAAUAACCAAGAUGUCCUCACCUUUAUCUUGAGAGAACAUAUUAAACAUUGCCAUGUUUGGAGUACAUUAUGCCUAUAUUUUCAAGACAAGCUGUAAAAAUUGGUGUAUAUAUAUAUAUAAAAACCCAAAUGCUAAAUUCAAAAUUGUUUUUGUUCCAA